UGAUCCAACCCCACCGUCAAUUAAUAUCGGAUUGUGGACCUAUAAAAGGUGGCAACUGACAGUCGAUCAGUACCGACUCAUUCACCAUGUCUCGUCACAGCAAGGUUGUUUCUCAGGUUCUCUUCUCGGUGGGACUUGUGGUGUUACUUCUAGCCACAUGUAAGACGGACGGAGCGAGUGUGGCGGUUGAUUCGACCAAGGAUUCGUAUGUCAAACCUGCAGCAGUUGAGACGGACACGAAAGAGGCGGCCGCCAAGGACCAGGAGCAGCUGGACCCUCGCAUUGGUCUGUACACGCAAAAAGUAGAGGCUUACGGUUCAGUUGGACCCAUUGGAGGCAAUAGCGCUUUCUACUUGACUUCGUUGCUGCCUGGCUACGGUGGUUAUUCUUUACCCGCUAGCAGUUACGGCGCCUACCAACCGAGUUAUGCUGCUGCCGCCCCUGCCUACCCGAGUUCCGGUUCCGCUUAUUCCGGCGGAUUGGCCUACGCUCCAGCUGCCCAGCAGACUUAUUAUGGUGGCGCGUCUUACGGAGCCUCUCCUGCCUCUUACGGAUCACCGGCUUACAGCGCCCCUGCAUCUUCUUAUGGUGCCACUCCUGCACCCGCCUAUGGUGCAUCAGCUUACGGGGUCACUCCAGCAGCUUCUACUUAUGGCGCUACACAGGCUUAUGGUGUCACUGCUGCUCCCACUUACGCCACUCCAGCUUCCAGUUAUUCCGCACCAGCCUAUGGCGUCACCCAGGCUUAUGGAAACAUGCCAGCGUACAGCGGAUCGACUUACGUGACUCCAGCUGCUGCCUACAGCGCAUCUUACGGCGUCACUCCUGCUUACGGUGCAGCAGCCUAUGGUGUCAACUAUGGAAACAUGGCGUCAUCAUACGGUGCAUCGGCUUACGGUGUUACUCCGGCUCCCGUUUACAACAUGGCUUCUUCUUACGGCGGAGUCUAUGGUGUCACUCCAGCCCCAUCUUACGGUAUGGGCUCUUCCUAUGGCGCAUCUGCUUAUGGAGUUACCCAGGCCCCCACCUAUGGCAUGGGAUCCUUCUACUCUGGAUCGUCUUACGGUGCCACUCAAGCUCCGGUCUACGGCGGAUCUUCUUACGGUGUCACUCCGGCCUACGGUGGAUCUGCUUAUGGUGCCACUCCUGCUUAUGGCAACAUGGCGUCUUCCUACGGCGCAUCCUCUUAUGAUGUUACACCUGCUUCGGUCUACAACAACUUGAACAACUACGGAAUGGGAUCGUCCUACUCUGCGCCUUCCUACUACUCCGCUCCGGCUUAUGCUGUCACUCCGGCUCCAGCAUACAACAGUUACAUGAUGGGCUCCUCUUACGGAUCUUAUGGCGCCACUCCGUCUCCCUACAUGUCUUACGGCGGAAAUUCGAAUAUGCCCAACGUUUAUGGUGGAUCGACUUACGGCGCUGGAGGCUACACUGGUAGCAGUUAUGGCGUUGCACCGUCUCCUUACUCUUCGUACGGCGUUUCUUCCUAUUAUCCGGAUGCUUACUACUCCACUGGAUACGGCGGAGCUUACGGAACCGGAUACAACAGCGGCUACAACAUGAACCGAUACGGAAGCAUUGCUGCAUACUAGUCUUACCUUUCCGCCUGUUUGUUAUUUAUUGUUGAUAUUAUGAAAUCAAAUAGAAGUAUUAAUUUAACUGAAA